CGGUGUGCUCCGGUCGCUGGUGCUGGAGCGGAGCCGCUGGCAAGUUCUGAAAGGUGAAACUCGACCAAGCCGUUUGAGUUCUGUGGAACCUGCUGUUUUUAAGUUGGAGGACCUCCGGAAUGUAUGCCAAUUUGAGCCAGAGCGAAUGACUGAGCCGCACUCGUGAGUCCUGCUGUGUCCCGGUGGAGCCCUUUUUUGUUUGGGGUGACCCAAACUGACCAUUGUUGGCACCGCAGCUUUCUGCUCGAAAGGAAUUUCUGGAAGAAUAUUAUUCAGAGCCGGUGAUAUAUAUAUGUGUGUGAGAGAGAGAGUGUGCGGCUGGGAGCGCUGAUGUGGAGAGGAUUGGACAGUGGGAAAGCGCCAGACGGAGUGAGGGAAAGCUAAAGCUGCUCGUCUCACCAACGCUGCUCCACACCGCAACAUAACAGUCUUCUUCUCAUUAUCCCUCACACUCUCUUUGCUUUUUCCCUCGUCAUCCUCCCUCUCAAAUGUGACUCCUUUUAUCUCAUUCGUCUUUUUCUCUCCUGAUCUACCUCCACACAUCCUUCUCCCUCCCUCACGCUCCCUCUCCCUCCCUCCCUCUCAGCUUUUCUGGCAGCCUGCACGUUGCAGUGAGUCAGUAUCAUGGAGGCAGGCAGCGGGGCUGCCGCAGCGGUGGGGAGCGCAGCACUGGGACUGCUGGGAGCCACAGCUACGUCCAGCCAUGACAUCUUAGACAGGGGCUUGAGGCCUGGACGGCAUCUAGAGGACGACGACAUCGUGCCUGAACUGGCGUACAUUCAUCCCAGAGAGAGACCGGACUGGGAGGAGACCAUCAGUGCCAUGGCGAGGAGUGCUGAGAUCCCUGAGCUGCGGGCUGAGCCCCUCAUGCGCUCGAGCAGCAGCAGCACGGCCAGCAUGAAGGUCAAGAAUGUCAAGAAACUUUGCUUCACAAAAGGACACUUUCCAAAGCUGGCGGAGUGCGCUCAUUUCCAUUAUGAAAACGUGGACUUUGGGACCAUACAGUUGACCCUGGGCGACGAACAGUGUGAAGUGACACGAAAUGGCUACGAGUCGAAGGAGCUUGUCUACUUGGUUCAUAUUUACUGCCAGGGUCGCAGUUGGAUUGUGAAGCGCAGCUAUGAGGAUUUCCGAGUCUUGGACAAACACUUGCACCUCUGCAUCUACGACCGACGUUUCUCGCAGCUGCCUGAGCUUCCACGACUGGACAGCCUGACUGACCAGUCUGAGUCCGUUUCCCAGAUGUUGUUGGCUUACCUUUCGCGGCUUUCGUCCAUUGCCGAUAACAAAAUCAACUGUGGACCUGCGCUGACAUGGAUGGAGGUUGACAAUAAGGGCAAUCAUCUGCUGGUGCAUGAAGAGUCAUCCAUCAACGUUCCAGCGAUCGCAGCCGCCCACGUCAUCAAGCGCUACAUCGCACAAGCAUCAGAUGAGCUGUCGUUUGAGGUCGGUGACAUUGUUUCAGUCAUUGACAUGCCGCCUAAAGAAGACACCACAUGGUGGAGAGGCAAACAUGGCUUCCAGGUUGGCUUCUUUCCCAGCGAGUGUGUGGAACUCAUCAAUGACAAAGUGCCACAGUCCAUGACCAACUCAGUACCCAAGCCAGCGUCCCCCUGCUCUGGCCUGCCGCCUGCUUCUUGGAGCCUCUUCCCCCCCUACUUGGAGAUGGAGAGUGUAAUACAGGACAGUUCAUGGGUGGCCGACCCGCUAAACCACUACAGCAUAAGUUCAGUGUCGAAAAAACACGGGAAGCUGAUCACCUUCCUACGCACCUUCAUGAAGUCCAGGCCCACCAAGCAGAAGCUGAAGCAAAGAGGCAUCCUCCGGGAGAGGGUGUUUGGCUGUGACCUGGGGGAGCACCUCCUCAACUCAGGCCAUGAUGUUCCACAGGUUCUCAAGAGCUGCACUGAAUUCAUCGAGAAACAUGGAGUGGUGGAUGGUAUCUACCGCCUCUCUGGAAUUGCCUCCAAUAUCCAGAAACUACGGCACGAGUUUGACUCGGAGCAGAUCCCCGACCUGACCAAAGAUGUUUACAUCCAGGACAUCCACUGCGUUGGCUCCUUGUGCAAGCUCUACUUCAGAGAGCUGCCAAACCCGCUGCUGACCUAUCAGCUCUAUGAGAAAUUCUCUGAUGCUGUUUCAGCAGCGACAGAUGAAGAACGACUCAUCAAGAUCCAUGACGUCAUUCAGCAGCUUCCGCCACCGCAUUACAGGACGCUGGAGUUUCUAAUGAGGCACUUGUCCCGGCUGGCAGCCUUCAGCUACAUCACCAACAUGCACAGCAAGAACCUGGCUAUAGUCUGGGCUCCUAACUUGCUCAGGUCGAAACAGAUAGAGUCUGCAUGCUUCAGUGGUACAGCAGCCUUCAUGGAGGUCCGCAUCCAGUCAGUGGUUGUAGAGUUCAUCCUCAAUCACGUGGACGUCCUGUUUAGCACCAAACUCAGCUCCCUCAUACGAGAGGGAGCAGGUCACAACUCGCUGUCCAGGCCAAAGUCUUUGUUGGUCUCAUCACCCUCGACUAAACUCCUUAGCCUGGAAGAGGCCCAGGCACGGACACAAGCCCAGAUAAACUCCCCUGUUACUGAAGACAGCAAGUAUAUAGAGGUGGGCGAGGGUCCUGCUGCGCUGCAGGGCAAGUUCCACACUGUCAUCGAGUUUCCCACUGAGAGGAAGAGGCCCCCUAUCAAGACGAAGAAGUCUCCUGUGGGUAGUUGGCGUUCCUUCUUCAACCUGGGCAAAUCUUCUUCCAUGUCCAAACGCAAGCUGCACCGCAACCCAAGUGAACCGAAUGAGCUCAAAGCCAUGGCUUUGUCUGGAGGCAGAGGAGACACCGCCACUCUGAGAUCAGCCAAGAGUGAGGAGUCGCUGAGUUCGCUGCAUAAUGUUGAAGGAGAGUCGAAGAUGUACCGGCCACGGAGGCCGCGCUCCAGCAGUGACGCCCUGUCAGCCUCUUUUAACGGCGAGCUGCUGGACAGCCGGCAGCACUGCAAUUCCUACGACAACCUCGACGCCACAGAGGACAGCGACGCAGAUGACGGGCCCAUCUGUGUGCCCGCUCUCAUCUCACCUCCCCGCCUAGCAGGAGAAGACGUGGACCUCAGCCCGCCGGACAUCGGCAUGGCCUCUCUGGACUUUGACCCCAUGUCUUUCCAGUGCAGCAUCCCUGACACAACCUACUCCUUCCCGCUCGAGGACUCUGUGGCCGGAGCCGAGUGUUCCUUGUCAAAGAGGAAACCUGGGAGUCGUGAACAGACCAGCAGCUCCGACCUCAUCUCCUCGUCCUACCUAGGGAACUUGUCGUCCUCUUUACUGUCCACUGAAUUCAGCAAACCUGCUGGAGAGAAACCAGAAACCAAAAAACUAACCACGUCCUAUUCCUACUCUGAUAAACCCACGCAGGCUGUUUCGCCUAUUAAAUGUUUAAAGACAACCACUUUGACACCAUUUUCCACUCCGGAGCUCUUCACAGUUGAAAUGUCAGAGAAGAAUUCUGUGGGAAAGACUCUGCCUCCUCCUCUGGUGUCCAAAGACUCGUCUCCUCUGAUGGGCAGCGUGCUGCUGCGAGCAACUGAGCCAUCCUUGAGUGAAGCUUUUCAAAUGGAGCUGAACUCAAAGCUAGCAGCCUUUGACAGUGUAGACGGCCCAGAGUCAAAGGCAGAGGAGAGAGACCAACUGGCACUAGCUUCUACCAGUCAGGAGCCACAAGUGUCAAACCCUACCAAGGACUUCAGCCCUCAAUCCCAGUGCAGCACAGCUCCUGUGUCGGCCCCGCCUCCUCCUCCUCCCAAAAACGCGGCGCGCAUGUUGGCCCUGGCCCUGGCUGAGUCGGCUCAACAGGUCUCCCUCCAGCCUCAUCCUCAGUGCUCUGAGGCGGCGACACCUGUGUCCAAAGUCGAGGUGGAAGUCUCAGCCACUCAGGACACGCCAUCACUGGCUCCACUCCCUCAGACGCACUUCGACAACAUUUUGGACCAAGCAAGUUCGCUUCCCCCGGCUGCUUCGACACAGUCUGCCUCGUGCUACUCUUCCAACUCGAGCCAUCCAUUAGCCCAGCAGACACCGAGCAGUACCAUCCUCAGACCUGCAUCUUCCACAACUCCACCAGAAACAGACUUCUCCCCACCGGAUACUCCUCAAGACAAGUUUGCUCCUCCCUCUGCUUCCAAAUCUCUAGUUCAUCCCUCAACAAAAAGUCCUGACCAGGAAGUACCCGCUAAGGUCCCCACACCGACUAGCACCAGUCAAGCCACUACGCCCAGAAGUGGUUGCAGCGAGAGCCGAGUGGCACCACAGUCCGCCUCAGAGAUGAAACCAGAGGAGACGACUGCCCCUCCUGUUCUUCCAAAACCAACAGAAGUGCCACCUCUGAAACCCAAGAAGCCUGUCAUCCCACUGCCUCAACAUCAACCCCAACCUCAGCCACUCCUCACGCCUCAGUGCCAGACCAAAACCCAGCCCCCUCCGUCAAACACCAGUGCCAGAACAGCUCCCGGCGAGUCCUCCGAGAAGCCCUGGGAGGCCAUUAAGCCCAUACAGCCUUGUGCCGGUUCGUCAAAGUACCCGGACUCACAUGGGUCUGCUCCUCCAGCGCCCCCUGUGAGAACCAUGGAGAGCAAACUGGCCACUGCCGCGCUUAGUCAGAGUGAAGCCUCUUUCCACGUCCUGGUUGAGGGGCACCCUGAUGAGGUCCUGCCUCAGCGCCCACUGACUCCUCGGAAGACCUCCACUCCACAGCCCCCGUACGUGUACCAUAAAGGAGAUCCUGUUCUCCUGGAGCCUUCAGGUGGAGCCUACUAUCACCAGAGGCCGGUUCCUCUGGGUCCCCAGGGUAUGCCGCACCACUAUCGGCCGGAGGUGGCCCCUCCACACCAUGCGUAUGUGUCCAAGUCAGAACCUCAGAUACCAUACAGUGCCAGGGUGGACAACAGGUACAGCACUUUAGGCCCACGGUCCUACCACCACUCCAUCAAGUCCAGAGGAAACCCUAGGAAUAUAUACAUGGCUCCAGGUCCCGGUCACCAGGGCUACAGCCACGACAGGACACAUGGCUAUCCCACCAUCCGCCGGGUCCAUUCUCUUCACGUUCCCUCAACCAUCCGCACUGUUCCCAUUCACCGGACCGAAGUCCCUCCAGAUGACGACAUGUUCUUCUACCACCGACCCGUUUACCCCUGUAAGGCGUACCAGCAGGCCCCGCCUCACCCCCCACAGCAGUCCUCACAGACAGACUACCACGUCACUCAGCUGCAGCCUUUCUUUGAAAACGGCCGUGUGCAGUACCGCUACAGUCCCUACUCUGGCUCCAGUCCGAUGGAGGCUCCCUUUUACGACAUCGAUCCGUAUGGCACCAUUCGAGUCCGCCACAUCCACUCGUACGGAGGGCGAGAUCCCGCCACUGCCAGCCGACCAGUCGGGAAGACAGGGUACCACUACCUGGCACGCCAUGUGAUCCCGCCAGGGAAGGAGCACAGUUUUGUGAGCCGGGACAUGCCCCCAGGUCACGCGAGCAAGGAAGCACCAGCGUAUCUGUCCUGGGACCCAGAGGAGGCGGAGCGGCUCCGCAUGCACUCCAUUCGCCGGGAGAGCAGAGCGAGGCAGAAAAUCAAAGGCCCAGUUCUCUCACAGUACGACAAUGUGGCCUUGUUCUCAUCAGCGGACAUGAGUGGGUACGAAACCCUUCACCUGCGCAGCAAGUCCGACCCAGGUAAAGCUGUUCUGGUCGCUGCUGAAAGCAAAGAUGGUCGCUAUCUUCCCCGACACUUGCAGUCAGAUCCGGACGUUGUCAUGUACAUGGAGACAGAUGUCCAGGGCCAUGUGGGCGGGGACAAGCUGGAGGGGAUCGGGAAGCAAGGCAGUUCCAAGAAGUGUCAGUCUUCUCACUCACUGCCCUCCUCAGUGGGUCUCUCCCAACAACAGGAGACCAAACACGAGGCGGUGGAGGAGAAGCUGAGCGGGGACAGCAGCCACAGCAAACACCGGCACCAGGACAGCACCAAGAGGAGUUUCCAAACCACCGAGCACCACCAGACUAAAGUGAAGACCAACAGCUACCACAGCAUCGACGAGCAGUUCUCUGCCUCCAGGGAACAUGUGGUGCGCUCCAAACCAGAGCGCUCGCACAGCGUCCGCGAGCAGCCGCACUAUAACCCCAGCAAACCUGACCUUGACAGAGACUACUACCAGAAACACAACAUGAAACCAGUGCAGUCCCACUACGAUAAUCUGGACGAUUACCAUCCGGUACCUCAUUCACAGGCCCCGGCUCAAAAACGGGGCGGCUCCAGCACUUACCCGGCUGCAGGAUUUCCAGUCAGCCACAAUAAUAAUGGCGCGUACGCCACCGCGCUGGGCCAGGGAGCCUUCAUCCAGACCGAGCUGGGCCUCCCCAGGCCAGAGGCAGACUUGCGUACGGAGUAAGAAGAAACAGUUUGUAGAAAGUGGUGGACGGGCAGCCUCUGCAGGACAGCGGACUGUCAGUGUUUUUCUCUUUUGUAUUUUCAUGAAUUGUACAGAAUGUUAUGAGACUUUUUACCCAAGGUCAUCAAUGAAUCUGAAAUAUUGUCCAAGAGGUCACUUUGAUUGAUUGGGACGCUCCGCAGUCAUACAUGUACAGGAUAUGAUAGAAGGUACUUACACAAGAACCAUUACAAUGUAAAAAAAAAAAAUUCAAAUAUUAUAUAUAUAUAUAUAUAUAUAUAAAGAAUAGGAUCACUAGUACAAAGGGAUCGUCAGUUGUAUUUUUGUAGGCGUGGCUCUUGGUACGAACUGGGAAUAAAGUUUGCAUUUUAGAAAUGCAUGCACUCCUCUACAGAACACUUCUGUGUACUUCACUGGUCAUUGCUUAUUCUGGACGUUACAGCACAAGUAGUAGUCAGACGACGAGUCAAUGGGGAACACACGCGCCCCUGCUGGCUUGUCCACCAGGGGGCGUCAUGGGGCGUGUCGGAACAUCUGCGGUUCACCGUCUUACGGUCUCUCUGUUCCAUCUUCUCGGUUCACAAUAGUUUCAAUGACUUUUAAAUAACUGUUUGGACUCUUCUUGGGAAGGAGGGACCAGGCGUUUCGGAGCGGUUCUUGCACAUCCAGGAAAACCAGAGGAAGAUGGAUGAAUGCCUGAUUGAAUUUUCUAUCUGAGAUACGUUGAAGGGUUGUUGUUUUUUUGUUUGUUUUUAAGUGGUACUGGUGAACUGGAGUGACUGAAUAAAGCUGAUACACACGUCAUGCUGACAGAAAUGUUGCUGCUGCUUUGUGGGAGCUGGGGGGUCUCAAUUAGCCUUAACUUAUGUACAGAUCAUAUUUUCUUCAUCUGGAUCAGAAAUAUGUCGCAGGGUUCUCAAGAGACCCGCUGGGGUUCUUUACUUUUAUACUAGAAAUGAACUGACUGUUCUUUACAUUUGGGGUGUUGGGUUUUUUUCCCCUCUUGGACCAGGAAACGAUGUACAGUCUGUUCUUCUGGUGUCGACUGACGGUUGAAUUCCAGUGUCAUUUUGUACCCUGUGUCUGCCCCUCCUGCUCUCCCUGUGCCCCCCGUCGACCUGGAGAGGCGCAGAGGACGCACUGUGUACUUGAAUGUGAAAACACUCCAAUGUCUCGAACGCAAGAGAUACCUUAACCUAGAUUUGAAUUCAAUAAAACUGUCCAAAGGUACUUGUGGGUCUCUGUC